AUGGUAAUAGGUGUUAAUGUGGCGAAAUCAGGGAGCAAUCUGAAUAGAGUUCGCGCCCCGGGUGCUCCGGGCACGGAGCUCCGCACGUUCAUUCGUCAUAGAUUUGGCCUUUUCGACGAAGUUUGCACGUCAGGGGGUGUGCAAGUAAGGCAUUGCAACUGGGUUAGAUUUUUACGCGUAUCAGAAAACUAUGGACCUCAAGUAAAUUUAGUGUGCACUAAAGUAAAGGGGGAGCCGGUAUACGAAGCAGUGAAGCCCAUAUCAAUGCAUACGGAACUCAUAGUUUACUAUUUACCUGAGCGACCUGAGGAGCUAUUCUUCGUCAGAAUGAGGAACAAUUUGUACAGACAGACGAUGGACUCUAUUUUAGAAGAUUCUCCUUUAGAUCUAUCCACGUCUCUUCUAUCUCGAGUACUAUUGCCGAUAUCACCGCCAUCUGGUGCUGAGGAUGAGCACAAAUCGGUGUCCGGAGACUCUCUGACGUCAUCAUCAGCAGGCUCAUCGAGUGAACUACUAGAAAUGACGCCUAAAAUACAACGAAGGCCGGCGAAAUCUGAAAGAGCGUUGCUGCCUUGUGAAGUGUGUGGGAAAGCUUUCGAUCGACCGUCACUGUUAAAAAGACAUAUGCGAACUCACACAGGUGAAAAGCCUCACGUGUGCAUGGUGUGUAACAAAGGGUUCAGCACAUCAAGCAGCCUGAACACUCACAGACGGAUACACUCCGGAGAGAAACCACAUCAAUGCCAACAUUGCGGGAAGAGAUUCACUGCGAGUUCCAAUUUGUACUACCAUCGGAUGACACACAUAAAGGAGAAGCCGCAUAAAUGCAAUCUAUGCUCCAAGUCUUUCCCGACGCCAGGAGACUUGAAGUCUCACAUGUACGUGCACAGUGGAUCCUGGCCCUAUAAGUGUCACAUCUGCUCCCGAGGAUUCUCGAAGCAUACCAAUCUGAAAAACCAUCUAUUUUUACACACCGCGAAACAUCAACGAAACAGCGCUAGGGAUGCUACCUGAAAACUUUUGAAGAUGUCGCUUCGGUGUACAUAUGUAUUUCCCGUCUUAUGUAUAUAAUGAACAGUAUUUAAUCAUCUACGGUACGGUAUAUAAAUACAUACAUUUACGUAUGGUACAAAUAUUACUAACUAAGUUUGUAACAUCUUGUUACUUUAUAAAUAAAAGUGUGAUAUUAGAUUAAGUAGAUUUAAGUGUUAAAUUAUUUUUAUAAAUAUAUAAUUUAGAAUAAUAUAUUAUUUGGAAUAAACAAUUAGUAUUUACAAUUGGGUUUUUUCACUUUAAAUUAAAAUAAUAAUUAAGAGCCAGGAAGUUAUCUUUGUUGCAGUUUUUUUGGCUGAACGUCAUAGAGCCUUGAACUGAAAUAUUUGUUCAGGAUUUUUAUGCACAUAAAAUUAAUUUACCUUGUAAUCACUAUAGGGAUAAGUUAUUACAAAAGUGUUUGAAAAGGUUUUUAUUGGUAAAGUUUUUAGUGUAUUUAAAUGGAAGAAAUAUUGUGUAUAAAUUUCGAGAUGAAUUAUUAAUUCGCUUUUUUUUACAAUAAUCGUAAAAAUAAAUAUGUUGUACAUAAUCGGUAACUGUGUAAAUAUAUAUAUUUUCAGCACCACAUAGUAAUUAUGUGACAAUUAUGUUAUUGUAAUAUGCUUACAUUGUGUACGUAUAUUGUGAUGGGUUCCGUCCAAAUUAAGUUUAUA